AUGGAUGCCAGUCAGCUCGCCGGCACUUCAAAAGGCUCGAAUAGCUUGAUUAGAUCACCAGAUGAUGAGAAAGUGAUGGCAAAAACGGCACAAAUAAAGCAAUGGGUCGUGCAUCGAUUAAAAGAGUUGGAAGAACAAAACGAGCGGCUGAAGCAGCAGAAUCUCCGAUGCACCACACAGCUGCAAAUGCUCAAAUCGAUGAGUGAAAAGAGUCGCAAUUGGAAUAACAAAAAGACGAACAGCUUCGACGUCAUGAGCCACUCGGUGACGGGUGCUCUCCCAGUGUGUCGCGAGCUCGAGAAUCGCACCUCUGAUGACAGCGGCUUGACAAGCGAUGAGCAUGAGAGAGGCUGCACGGCGCUGAUCACUGACAACGCCGUGAUGAGCCGCUCGAUCGCCGGCGAGUCGACCCCGAAAACGUUGCGAAAGAAAAUGACACGACAAAACUCGGCCGAUUGCGCUCCACAGGCUCCGGUGACUCCAUCAUCGGAUGGGUCGCCUGUUUGGGAGCAAAGCCGACCAAUACCCACCCCGAGGAAACCCAGGAACACGCCAAUAAAUGUUGAACGAGACUCGCUGAAUUCGUUUCGUGACGAGUACGAGUUCGACUGUGACGAAGAGGAGGAGGAGGAGAUGUUCGACGAGGUGGUGGAAAGCCCGUCAGAGCACAGAGCACCCGCAAAAUACGCGGACUAUGUGAAUCUGGCGGACUUUUGCGCGAUUCGGGACGACGAAGUGGUUUACUCGGAUAUUAUCAAACCGACAACGUCUCAACCACCCGAACCACCGCAACACAAAACGAGGCCAUGGGAGUCGCGUCUGUUGGACGUGGCCGAGAAAUGCUUGUCGCCGAUCGACUCCCUCACUUCCGAUUCCCCAAAUCGUUCAUCUUCACAGAAAAGAGAGUCAUUCGAUGGGCAAAGACCGUCGAAUGCCUCGGCGAGUCCGUACCAAGUGACGCGAAUAUCGCUGGAUCGGGUUUCCUCUUCGCCGAGGCGCUCAAACGGCGCGUCGAGCAAUCUCUCGACUCGUUCCCCUCGCAUUUUCUCUAACUACUCGAUCGCUUUAAGCGAUCGUGACUCAAAGGACUAUCAGAAUGGUUCAGCGGAAAUAAAAACUCGACCGCUCAACAUUCGAACUUCACUAAUACCAACAACCGACUCGCUUGAAAAAUCCGGUUACUGGAGCUUGGUUUCGGAAAGUCGCUUGAAAUCGUUAAAACGAAGAUUUGUCGAACUCCGAAAUGGUCAACUGAGCUUUUACCGGACCCAGAAGAAUCAGAGCCGAGAUGAGGAGCCACUGGCUCGAAUCGCGCUCACCGAGAUCAAGAGCGUGACAAGAAUGGCGCAAUGUGGUGGGAAUUACGCUUUUCUGCUGGUAACCGGCACGCAGAAGUUCCAGUACAUGACGGAGAGUGAAAGGGCGACAGAGGAAUGGAUUCAUGUGUUAACCCAAGCAAUCAAAGGAGCGACUCUCCGCGAGCUAGCCACCCGAACAACCCGUCUAGAAGCCUCGAUAUCAGGCAUUUUGCAACGAGUUCGAUGCGGGCAUUCAAAGCGACUUUUCGCCUCACUUUCCCAGCAUAAACUCAUGUUUUUCAAAAGCCCUGAUGAUACGGUGCCAACAAGUUUCCUCUCAUUGCAAGGGGCACACAUUUGCGAGAAACAGAAAACCGAAAGCGAUGAGUACUCGGGAAGCUCGGAUGAGCAACAACAGAAGGAACAGAAGGGAAAUAAUGCGAACAAAAGGGAAUACACGAUAUCGAUUGAGCUUGCUAACGAGGAUCCACUCUAUUUGGUGUUACGGUCAGCUGAAGAAAAAGAGAAAUGGCUGUACUUUCUCCGCUCGGCUGCUGGCGAUGCGACGCUUUGCGGAACGCCUUUUGAGAUUCUAAUGCAACGAAUGUUGAUUGAUGGAGCUAGACAGGACUCACCUUUCUGGAAUGACCUCUUACUUGUUUCGGCCGAGGACCCGAAAGAUCCAAUGGUGUCUAUAAAUGCGCAGGAGAAGAAGAAAACGAUUGAGAUCGCUAAGGCUUGCCACCUCUUCGUUUCGGUGUUGAUGCGACCGUGCGCCGUGCAAUACCAUAUCGAUUUAGCGCAAAACAUUCUCUCGUCAGCUAUUCAGUUGGAAUUCGUGCGAAACGAGCUCUACGCUCAGCUGAUCCGAAUGACGUCCGGCACGAUGCCGUUCGCUUUGCAGGGCUGGAAGUUGUUGGCGUUAACCCUGCCACUUUUUCUCCCAAAGCAAUACGCGUUAUUGUGGUUGUUGAAGAGACACAUUGCAAGAUGGGCGGCCAAAAGUGGCGAUGAGGCGAAUAUUGCUGCGUACUGUGAGGGAACGUUGGAGAAAAGUCUCCAAACGGGCGGAAGAGACGAGGGACCGAGUCGACUCGAGGCCACAUCGAUUCUCACAAGAGAUCCGUCGUCAACGAAAUUCCCCCAUUCGAUCUCGGUUCGAUUACCGAAUGGGGACUAUCAGGUGGUCGAAUUUGACGGCUCCACCGAAGUGGGCCAAUGUCUGUCAUCGUUGUGUCUCAAAUUGGGAAUGCGACCGGCGCUUCUUUCUGGGUACGCACUCUACAUCGAUCAUCCGUCAAACCAGGGAUUGCAUUUGUUGAAGGGGAAGCAAAAGCUCUGCGACUGUUUAACCCUUUGGGAACGACGUGAGCGAGACUCGAGACGAGGCAGGAUAUCGGCGGAAGGAGUCGCCAAAUUGGAACUCCGAUUGCGACACUAUUGGAGACAUUUGGCACACACGGAGACACUCCUGGAGAGAGGUUUCCUCGUUUGGCGACAAGCCGAAGAGAUUGUCGGUGGCCGGGUGCCGGUUUCCUCCGAGCUCGCCGAUCAUCUGAUGUCUCUGUAUGCGCAGUUGAGCUUCGGGGAUUUAGAUGGAGCGCCGACCGAUCAACAUUUUCAAUAUGUGACCAGCAAAUUUUACCCCCGCAAGAUGUACGAGGUGGCGAAUUUGCGAACGCUUCGCGCAAAUUUGGAAACGAAUUGGCGUCAAAUGGGCGGAAUGAGCGAAAACGAGUGCAUUCGAGUGAUCCUACAGGUGCUCCGAAAAUGGCCUCUAUUCGGUUGCUCUUUAUGGGAAGCCGGCAUGCGCACGUCGAACGAUCGAAGCGUUUUCGUGGCCGUUCACGAUUCGGGAGUGCACAUUUUGGAUCGCCGGCAUUUGGAAACGAUUCGUUCUUUUCCCUUCCAAAAAUUGGUCACUUUCGGCGGCUUUCACAACGAUUUCAUGAUCACGGUGGAGCGCAUUUUAUCGCCCGAUUCGCAUCCGGAGGAGACGCCAAAAGAGCGGAUCACAUUCAGCAUGGAGCCCGCGCAAAUCGAACAGUUGACCACCCAUCUCGCCGAGUACAUCAGAUGCCAGAAAUUGGUUUUCAACAUCUCGAAA